UUUUGUGUGUGUGUGUGUGUAACGUUUAGUAACUCACUUCUACAUGCUUAACUUUGUGAGCUGGGAAAACAGGAAGCGAUUUUUUUUAGUAGUUAAUUCAUAGUUCUCUUUUUGUUGUAAGAUUACGAGUAAGGGUAGCAGGAUGGCUGGAGGCUCGGUGUCGGAGUGUAAGGAGUAUUUGUUUAAAGUUUUAGUUAUUGGAGAGUUAGGUGUGGGGAAAACCAGCAUCAUUAAACGGUACGUGCAUCAGCUUUUCUCCCAGCACUACAGAGCGACGAUAGGUGUUGACUUCGCCCUGAAAGUUCUCAACUGGGACAGCAAAACCCUAGUGCGGCUGCAGUUAUGGGACAUCGCAGGUCAGGAACGCUUUGGGAACAUGACCAGGGUGUACUAUAAGGAGGCAGUGGGAGCAUUCGUGGUGUACGAUGUGACCAGAAGCUCAACGUUCGAAGCGGUGUCAAAGUGGAAGCAUGAUUUGGACAGCAAGGUGAAACUAGCCAAUGGCAAUCCUAUCCCCGCUGUCCUGCUGGCAAACAAAUGUGAUCAGAAAAAGGACGGAUCUCACAACGCCUCGCAUUUGGACAGCUACUGCAAGGAGGCCGGCUUCCUCGGCUGGUUCGAGACAUCAGCCAAGGAUAACAUCAACGUCGACGAGGCAGCCCGGUUCCUGGUGGAGCACAUUCUACAGAACGACAAAGGCAUCCAGCACGAAGAAAGCAACGGCGACCGCAUCAAGCUCGACGAAGUGCCCAUGCCUCCCGCUGAGAGCAAGUCAGGGUGCUGCUAGCGUCGGGUGUCACCUCGAUCUGUCUGUUCACCUGACCCAAAGGAGGGGAGACUGAGACGCAGAGACCCUCCGUUAUAUCCCGCACCUCCUUCCAUUCAUGUACAUAAUCCAAUCUGAAGCCAGUGGCACAAGAGCACGUCUUGGAAUCUUGUUGAAAUCAUAGCCAUGAAGAUUCAGCCUAGUUUAAUGACCCUCCCCCCCGCUCUCUCUUUCUCUCUUUGGUUCAACAUUGUUCUUAUAAGAUGUUUAGAUCUGUAGCCUUCAUUAGUGUCAGGUGUUUUGGCACAUUUGUAAUAACACUGAGAAUAAAUGCAACCCUAUGGGUGUCAUAGGAGGCUGUACCAAGUACAUGUUUGUUAUAUACCAAUUUGAGUAUUGCAAAAGAGAGAGACGUCAAUUUUCCACAGGGGUCUUCUGAAUCUGCAAAAUCGAGUUCUGUUUAAAAGUGACAGUAUAUUGAUUUGUUUUUUAAAAAAAAGGGUACUGUUAUCAAUCUGAAUCUGUAGUUAUACACUAAACAAAAAAGACACAUUUAGUUCAGUUGUUGUACAGUUGAUUUCCCUCGUGUUUUCUUACUGUGCAUCGGAUGUGUCCCUGAAGAUCACUCACCAUACAGAAGAUCUUUAUUCACAAUGUCAAGAAAAUAUGCAGAGGAACAUAGUGUUUGUACGAGGUCCAGCACUCAAAAAAAAAAUAGAAAUGUGGAAUCUGUUGUGUGCAUAAGCUUGUGUUACUGAUGAUGGUACGGAGGUGUUUGAGUGCUUAUCCAUACCUCAAGUUCCUUAGUGGGGCGUAGAGGAGUGCGACACUUUAAAGAUAUUUUAAAUAUGCUGAAGCUAAAUAAAACUUUUAAAAUAUAA